AUGCUGCGACCCAGCGGCUACUUCCGCGGCAUCGACUGCCCCUUCCUCGGCGCCGGCGGCCGGGGCCCGCCCUGCAGGAGGCCGCACUGCCACUUCCGCCACCCGCCGGCCGCGCGCGGCGCAGCCCCGGAGCCCGGGGCCAAGCUCGGCGCAGAGCUUGGUUAUGAUCCAUAUAACCCUGAGCUUCCCAAGCCUUCGACCCAAAUAGCGAAUGGUGCUUUGGGUGACAUUACAGUGUCAACCCCUAGCAUUCUGCAGCUGGAGUUGGUCAACAAGGCCAUUGAAGAGGUAAAAUAUGAAGUUGAGAGAGAGCAGAAAAAGUAUGAGGAGCUAUUGGAGACAACAAAGGAAUACAGCACAUCUGAGGCUACUUCGCUUAUUUCCAAAACACCUGUAUCAGCUGCUGUGACAAAAACAGACUCUUUAGAAUAUAACCCAGGUAGCUAUAACUUGAAUAAUAACACAGACUACAACCCUACGCCUUUGGCUGCUGCUAGUUCAAGUAAAUACACCUUGGAUACUUUUGAUAAUGCAAAAUCCAAAGGUAGUUCAUUGGAAUACGUUCCCAAGGUUGUGGCUCAGCCUAAAAAAUACAGUAGCGUUGUCACGAACAAUAAGUAUGUGAUUGAUGACUCCAAGCCUUCUACGGACUUGGAAUAUGACCCUCUUUCAAAUUACUCAGCAAGGCUUUUGAGCAAAGCCUGCACAAAGGAGCAGAAGGGGACCAAAAGGAGAAAGGUCUCUAGUCAUGGAGAAUCUUAUUCUCCUUCACGCAAAAAGCACUGUAAUGUAUCCAAUAACUAUGGAACGUAUGCCAAAUUCUCUGACUCUGAAGAGGAUGUUGACUUGGAAUACCAGCCAACCUCUGUUAGCCGUUUACAAUCUAAAGUCAGUUCUGAAAAUGAAUCAAGUGAUGGGUUGUCCAUCAAAGAAAAGAGCACCAAACUGGAAGACCUAAAUUCCCGGGAGAUGAAAGAAAUGGCAGUGCAGUAUGAUAUGGAAGAUAUUGAAAGUCCACGGAAAAAUCUUGUCAAAGACUUGUCGGAGAAGAAUACAAAAUUGGCAAAGGCAUCUUCUGGCAAGAAUGAUCAGGAUGUUGAAGAGAGAGACAGCAAAGAGAUUGCAAAAGACAAAAUGAAAAAGAAAAAAACAGAUGGCAGGAAGCCCCCUUGCCACAAAGAGAUGGGCAAGAAGGAGAAAAGUAAAAACACAAAGAAAGAGAGAAUAGUCAAGAAAGAAGAAAAAUUAAAAAUUAAAAAUGGAGAAAAAAACUGUAAAGAGAAAUGUAUCAAAGCAAAACCAGACGGGAAUUCGAAGAAAUCUGAAAAAGAGAAAUUGGAAAAAGUGGCUAAGAAAGAGAAGUCUAAGUCCACCAGUUGUGCAGCCAGCUCAGGGAAAAGCAAGAAUGAGGGGCUCUGUAAGGGAGCUAGCACAGAGAAGCUGGAAGGUAGCAAGAAGGACUCCAUGCUAAAGGCAGCUGAUCUGAAAAAUGGCAAACAAGCCUCUAGUGAUAAACACAAAGACAAAGGGGGCAAGACUUCUGCCUCUGAUCGUCCAAAAAAGAAGGCAAGCCCUGCGAAAGUGGGGAACUCAAAAGGCAAGUGUAAGCCGAAACAGCGGACGUUGAGCCACGUUGACCUAUUUGGAGAUGAGAGUGGGGAGGAGGAGAAGGUGGGCCAAUCUCUGGCUCCAUUUCCAAACAUGAGCUCAGACUCCGAUGGAGAUGAUGGCUCCUAUGGUUUUCAGAGUGAUAAUGAAGGGACAAAGAGCAUUCAGCGCUCCAAGCUGUCCAAGUCAUCUUCAUCCUCCUCAGCCUCUGAUGACAUUGAUUAUUCCAUCCUGGAGAAAGAUUUGGAUUAUGACUCUGACCCCAUGGAAGAGUGCCUCAGAAUUUUUAACGAAUCCACGGAUGUGAAAACAGAAGACAAGGGAAGGCUAGGGAAGCAGCCACUGAAAGAAGAGGCAAGUGAAGAAAAGGUGGAUGACGCUUUAACCACUCUAUUUCCUGGCCAAAAAAGGAGGAUCUCUCACCUUGCCAAGCAAGGAAACGCAGAUGUCCCGAGCAAACCAGUCAUCCGGCCGUACCGCCCACCAACUGCCCAGGAGGUCUGUUACCGGAGGAUUCAGCUGGCACAGCAGCAGGCGGCACAGCUGGCUGUGGCAGUCCAAAAGGCCUCUCUUGCCUUGCCAGGAGAAAAGAAAAGGAUCGCUCAUGUGCCCAAUGUAGCACUUUCCACAGCAGCAAAGCAGAUCACUGUGGGCAUUAAGAAAACCAUUCCAGUCAGCAGCGUUACAGCCCCCAAUGGCUCUGAGGCACCUGCUCUUACCCUGAAGGCCCGGACGCUAACUGGCAUGACGUCUAAGACCACUACUACUGCUUUCCAGAAAAGAAUAGCACACGCUCCCAGUCUACAGAGCGCUAGUUUAAAGAGGCCCGUUAUUCCCACUGAGUUUGGUGCCAAAGUCCCAACCAACAUUCGCCAAAGGUACCUCAAUCUCUUCAUUGACGAGUGCCUGAAGUUCUGCUCUUCCUCACAGGAAGCGUUUGACAAGGCUCUAUCGGAGGAGAAGGUGGCUUAUGAACGCAGUACCAGCCGGAACAUCUACCUGAAUGUGGCAGUGAAUACGUUAAAGAAGCUAAGAAGUCUAGUGCCCAAUUCCCCGCCUUGUGUAAACAAGACCAGUAACAGGAAGGUGGUGUCCCACGAAGCUGUGCUAGGAGGGAAACUCGCUGCUAAGACGAGCUUUACGCUAAACCAGUCAGGGAACUUGCGGGCGGAGGACUUGACAGGAGCUGCUUUGUACAGAAGACUGAAGGAAUAUCUCCUGACGGAAGAGCAGUUGAAGGAAAAUGGUUACCCAAUGCCACAUCCAGAGAAAGCCGGCCGUGCUGUCGUUUUCACUGUGGAAGAGAAGAAAACGACUGACUCUUCAUGCAGGGUUUGCUGCCGCUGUGGUACUGAAUACAUGGUCUCAGCAUCUGGAAACUGCAUUCGCAAAGAGGAGUGUCUCCAUCACUGGGGAAGGCUACGCAAGCAGCGAGUGCCGGGGGGCUGGGAAACACACUACAGCUGCUGUUCAGGAGCUGUGGGUUCACCAGGAUGCCAGGUGGCCAAACAACAUGUCCAAGAUGGCCGGAAGGAGAACCUGGAGGGUUUUGUGAAAACUUUUGAGAAGCUGCCUACUACCAAUGGCUAUCCAGGGAUCUAUGCUUUAGACUGUGAAAUGUGUUACACCAAGCAAGGACUGGAGCUGACGAGAGUAACCGUGAUCAACUCUGACCUGAAAGUGGUCUAUGACACCUUUGUCAAACCUGACAACAAAGUGGUGGACUACAACACCAGGUUUUCAGGUGUGACGGAGGAGGACCUGGAGAACGCAAGCAUCACCCUGCGAGACGUGCAAGCUGUUCUAUUAAACAUGUUCAGCGCAGACACGAUUUUGAUAGGACACAGCUUGGAAAGUGAUUUAUUUGCACUAAAGCUUAUCCAUAACACAGUGGUGGAUACUGCAGUUGUCUUUCCCCACCGGCUGGGUUUGCCUUACAAACGAGCACUCCGGACGCUGAUGGCCGACUACCUCAAGCGCAUCAUCCAGGACAAUGUGGAAGGUCAUGACUCCAGCGAGGACGCCAGCGCUUGCAUGGAGCUGAUGAUCUGGAAAAUCAAAGAAGAUGCUAAAGUGAAACGAUGA